AUGAGCCAGAUUUUGACCCCUCGGCAAGCAGAAGAGCUGCACGCCAUCAUAGCAUAUUUGUCGUCUAGCGGUCUUCCCAGCACGGCCGCGGCCCUCCGACAAGAGCUCAACAUCGGCGACACCUUUGACGAUGCGACGUCCAAGAAGUAUGAGGGGCUGCUCGAGAAAAAAUGGACCAGCGUCGUGCGACUACAGAAAAAGAUCAUGGAACUCGAGACACGCGUCGCUUCCCUGCAGUCCGAAAUCGACAAUGCCACACCGACAUCGCUCUCACGACGCAACCAAGACCCCUCAGCCUGGCUGCCCCGCGCCCAGGCACGCCACACUCUUCAGUCGCACCGCGAACCCGUCACAUGCGUCGCCUUUCACCCCGUCUUCUCUUCUCUCGCCUCUGGCUCUGACGACUACACAAUUAAAAUCUGGGACUGGGAACUCGGCGAGCUGGAACGGACCAUCAAGGGCCACACGAACGCCGUGCUCGAUGUCGACUUUGGUGGGCCGCGGGGCGGUACACUGCUUGCCUCAUGCUCCAACGACCUGACCAUCAAGCUGUGGGACCCCUCGGACGAGUACAAGAAUAUCCGAACACUGCCCGGCCACGACCACAGCGUCAGCUGCGUCCGCUUCAUUCCAAGCGGUGCGGCCGGCGCGCCGAGCUCGGGCAACCUGCUCGUGUCGGCGAGCAGAGACAAGACGUUGAGGAUAUGGGACGUAUCGACAGGGUACUGCCUCAAAACACUGAGGGGCCACGCCGACUGGGUACGUGACGUGUAUCCUUCGCCGGACGGCCGCUUCCUCCUGUCGGUGAGCGACGACCGCAUGGGUCGCCUCUGGGACAUCAGCGCCGCUACGCCCGAGACGAAGCUCACCCUUGUCGGCCACGAACACGUCGUCCUCUGCUGCGCGCUGGCUCCGGCAACCGCAUACCCGCACCUCGCGCCGCUCGCGGGGCUGAAAAAGGCGCCCCCAGCCUCGAGCGGGACCGAGUUCAUGGCCACCGGCGGCCGCGACAAGACGAUCAGGCUCUGGGACGGGCGGGGCAACUGCAUCAAGGUCCUCGUAGGCCACGACAACUGGGUGCGCGAUCUCGUUUUCCACCCGGGCGGCAAGUACCUCAUCAGCGCGUCCGACGACUACACGCUGCGGUGCUGGGACCUGACGCAGGAGGGCAAGUGCGUCAGGACGGUCCAGGGCGUGCACGGCCACUUUGUCUCGUGCCUGCGUUGGGCGCCGAGCAUCAUCCGGGAGGACGCGUCCGCCAACGGGUCGGGCGAGAACGGAGCCAACGGCACGCCGAGCAAGAGCGCGGCAGCGCCCGCCACGACGGAACAGAUCCGGUGCGUCAUCGCCACGGGAAGUGUUGACAUGAAGGUGCGCGUGUUUGCGAAUUAG